AUGUACAGUUCUUUCCAAGUCAACGUGCAAGACUGCGUGAGAAUCAUGUUAUUAAAGGAUGGAGGACUGAGGAUAGCUAACGUGACCAAAGCUGAUGCUGGAAGCUACAUGUGCCUGGCCACAAACCAGUUUGGAACAGCCAGUGGCUCCACUAACUUGAUAGUUACAGAGCCAACCAGAAUUACUUUGGCACCUUCCAACAUGGAUGUCACUGUCGGGGAGAGUGUCGUCCUGCCUUGCCAGGUUCAGCAUGACCCUAUACUGGACAUCAGCUUCACCUGGUACUUCAAUGGAAUGCUCACCGAUUUCAAGAAAGACGCUUCUCAUUUUGAGAAGGUUGGCGGGAGUGCCUCAGGAGAUCUAAUGAUUAGAAACAUCCAGCUGAAACAUACUGGAAAAUACGUUUGCAUGGUGAAGACGGAAGUGGAUAGCGUAGCCUCUGCGGCCGACCUGAUCGUACGAGGCUCACCUGGGCCCCCUGAACACGUGAAGGUGGAUGAAAUAACUGAUACCACGGCUCAGAUCUCCUGGCAAGAAGGCACAGAUAACCAUAGCCCAGUAACCACCUACACCAUACAAGCACGGACACCUUUCUCCGUUGGCUGGCAGCGAGUUACAACAGUUCCAGAUGUGAUUGAUGGAAAAACAUUCACAACCACAGUAGUGGAUUUAAAUCCUUGGGUUGAAUAUGAGUUUCGUGUAGUUGCCAGUAACAAAAUCGGAGGCGGAGAACCGAGUUUGCCCUCAGAAAAAGUAAGAACUGAAGAGGCAGUUCCUGAAAUUCCCCCAUCUGAAGUCAGUGGGGGAGGAGGCAGCAGGUCUGAGCUGGUCAUAACAUGGGAUCCCAUCCCUGAAGAAUUACAGAAUGGAGAAGGAUUUGGCUAUGUUGUUGCCUUCCGCCCCUUUGGCACGACCACAUGGAUACAGACUGUGGUCACCUCUCCUGACACGCCCCGAUACGUCUUUAGGAACGAAAGCAUCUUGCCCUUUUCGCCGUAUGAAGUCAAAGUUGGUGUCUAUAACAACAAAGGAGAAGGGCCAUUCAGUUCAGUCACCACCGUUUUUUCAGCUGAAGAAGAACCCAGCGUAGCGCCCUCCGGCGUGUCUGCCACCAGUCUGUCGUCCUCCGUCAUCGAGGUCUCCUGGACGGCCAUUCCCUGGAAGAUGAGCAGCGGCAGGUUGCUGGGCUACGAGGUUAGGUACUGGAAUAACGGUGGGAAAGAAGAAUCUUCGAACAGGGUAAAAGCUGCAGGGAAUGAGACAUCGAUAAGGAUAACAGGUUUGAAGAGCAACCUGGCAUACUACACAGCUGUCCGUGCGUACAACAGCGCUGGAGCAGGGCCCUUCAGUGCCACAGUCAAUGCUACCACCAAAAAGACACCUCCCAGUCAACCGCCGGGAAACGUAGUGUGGAAUGUCACUGACUCCAGAGUAAUCCUCAGCUGGGAGGAAGUGAGAGCUAUGGAGAACGAGUCUGAGGUGAUCGGGUAUAAGGUUUUGUACAGGACCAGCGGUCAGAGCAGGAUGAACGUGCUGAGCACGGAGAAGACGACAGCGGAACUUGUGCUCCAGUUCAACGACGAUUACGUUAUAGAAGUUAAAGCAACGAGUGACGGCGGAGAUGGCACGAGCAGUGAUCAGAUCCUGAUUCCCAGACUAGCCAGUAUGGAUGCAAGAGGUUCUGGUUCAUCCAUCUUGAGUAUCUUCAGUGUAUCCAGCUUCUUCCUGACAAUAUUUUCCUUGACUCUUAACUCAGUGUUGUGA